AUGUCCUACCCACAGCAGCAGUGCAAACAGCCCUGCCAGCCACCUCCUGUGUUGUGCCCUCCUAAGUGUCCUGAACCAUGCCCACCUCCAAAGUGCCCUGAGCCUUGCCCACCUCCAAAAUGCCCUGAGCCAUGCCAACCUGUGCAGUGCCCACCUCAGCCAUGCCAGCAGAAAUGCCCUCCCGUGCAGCCAUCCUAUCCCCCCCAGCAAAAGUGUCCACCCAAGAACAAGUAA